AUGGAUGAUGUCUCCUGCGAUUUGAUAUACGUUGACCGGAGUGUCCGGGAGGACCGCGUGAUUCGUGCGCCCUCACGCGGCUCCGGCAGCUUCGGCAGCUUUCAAGAUGCGGCCAGUGGCUGCGAGACCCAGACACUUAGGGAAAACGUUGCGCUGCUGCUUGAAGCCAUUGGCGAUGAAACGACGCCGACCGUCGUGUUGAUAGACAUUCCCAGCAACGAGCGCCUUCCAGUUGAUGAUCGCUCCAGGCCUACCUCGCCUCAUUCAAAUCCAUCUAGCGAAGAACGCCCGCCAGACUCGGCCGACGGGGAUGGCUAUGGAAUCCGGCUUCUGCAAAUGAUUGUGUCUGAAGCCCAUUUGCGGAACAUGUCCAGCCUGGUCGUGCCUAUACCUCUGAUCAGCUUCCCCGGGGCUGAGCGCGCGGGCGCGACGGCCAAUGGCUCCGACAUGCCAGGGAUCUCGACGCUGGAGGGGGGCCGACUGGUACCAGAUCGCCGGCUACUCAAGGGGUGCUUGGACCUGGGAGCAACCGACGUUCUGGUCAAUCCAGUGAACUCUGUGACGUCGAUACAAACCCACGCGUACCGAGCCCACAAGGAGGCUCUGAAGGAGAGACAGGCUAUUCUCGAAGUAAAGCGCGGCCGCAAGCGGUCUUGGGUGGGGGUGGACGAACAGAAGCCGUUUGCAUACCUCCGAGAAGCUAUGGUUUCUGGCCUUAUGAGCGGAAUCUGCCGCCCCGGUGACGACCAAGACGACCGCGUCUCAAACAUCAGGAUUAGGGUGCCUCCUGAGCGGCACCAACUAAUCACCUACCUGAUUGCUUGCCGGGCCGCUUACAACAGCUUCGUGCCGUACCAUAAUUUCCGCCAUGUUAUCGACGUGCUGCAGGCAACCUUUCACUUCUUGGUACAAAUCGGUGCGCUGCCGCCGUUUCCACUCCCCGACUAUCAAGAUGGGGUCCUGCCGACCCAGGAGUCGCCAACCUCACCCAUGGCCGGCCUGCUAGAACCAUUUGAGGCCUUGACCCUUCUCGUCACGGCAGUUGGCCAUGACGUGGGCCACCCGGGAGUCAACAAUGGUUUUCUAGUCACGCUUAACGCGCCUCUAGCACAGCUCUACAACGACCGCUCAGUACUCGAGUCCUUCCACUGCGCAGCGUAUUCGCAGAUUCUGCGGAGGCACUGGCCUGCUGCGUUUGAGGAUCUGCGCAUGCGAAAGCUCAUGAUAAGCUCUAUUCUGGCCACCGACAUGGGUCUCCAUUUCGACUACAUGAAGAAGCUCGGCGAUCUCCAGGAGAAACUCCAAGCCAGCAACACCACCGAGGGAUGGAAUGGCCGUAUGAUUGAGGAGCAGAAGGCUCUCUUAUGCGCCCUUCUCAUCAAGUGCGCCGACAUCAGCAAUGUGGCGCGGAAGCACGACACCGCUCUGCAGUGGACUCACAUCUUGUCGGACGAGUUCUCGCGACAGGCAUCCAUGGAGUCUGAGUUGGAGAUUCCAUCAUCUCUCAUGUCCCCGCCUAAGAAGGACGUGUUGUCCCUAUCCAAGGCUCAGCUAGGCUUUCUGAACUUGUUCGCAAUACCCCUAUUCCAGGGAGUUGCCGACAUACUGCCGCAAACGCGAUACUGUGUGGACGAACUGGAGAUCAACAAGGCCUUGUUCCAGAAGAUGGUGGAAGAAGAAGUGGCCAAGCAGCUCAACAGGCCAAGACUCAUUCACGACGGGACCAUGUCGCCUCGGACUAUGAGCAUUGCCGUCACUCCCGACACCGACAGAGAUCUUCGAACUCCUUCCGCCAUCUCGGGUGGCGUGUCUCCUACAGAGACGUCGGUGCCGUUCUCCAUGACGGAAGAGAGGCCCACGAAGGUUUCGUACAAGCCUCUUGACGUGUCGGCGCUCCCCAACAAAUACCAAGAAGUCAAUGGCAUCACCACCUCGUUUGAUGCCGUCGCCGACUUUGCUGCUAGCGAUCCCUUUGGCAUGCACGAUACCCGACCUCCGACGUCCCGAAAGCAACGCUGUAGCGAAGCGACCGAGGGGAGCGCGUCCGCGCCUGGUGCUGGGGAUUGGGCGUCGCAGGCUAACAGCGCCACGACGGGUAAGAUGCCGCUCUCGCCUAGCACGCAGGGCACUAGCAUUAUUAGCCAGGAGUCACUGGACCGGCCAUCCAGUGUCCCCGUGCCCACGGUCGAGGUCCCCGAGUAUGAUCACGAGCCCCUGGGCAGCCACCCGCCAGAAUCAAGACUGGACAAGAAUCACUCGGAUUCGAGACUGGGCACUAGCCCGUCUUCGAUGUAUGCAGAGGAAGACUCGUCCACAUCAACCAACGCCAAGCUGUCGGAGGCCAGGACUCUCAAAAAGAAACCUAGCAGGUUCCGCAUGAACGCCUUCCCAUUUUUCCGCAGACACAGAGGUGCCAGUCCUCCCAUACCGGCAGCUGAUACUGCAGGCUGGCGACGGAGAAAAUACGCGACAUCCUCUUUUCACUUCCCUAGGUUCUAUAAGGCGCUGCAUCCGCGUGCUGCCACGGGCCACAGCCAUCAUGGCUUGCAGUACACGACACUUGUAUCAUUAGACGGAAACGGGGACAGAUGGUGUUUGAGGCGAAUGGGUACCAGAUACGACAAAGGCAGGAAGGGGCCUCGCACCAAUGUAUUAAUACGGAAACCGUGGUAUUGUCUAUACUCAAGCCCUCGGGGCAUGUUUCAUCUGUCAGUUAGGGUCAGCACAACCAAGGGUGGCGGCGGUUCUCGGAGCCUCAUGGCAGCAUAGAAUACUAGCAUCUUUGGUGCAUUGGCUACUCUUCGACCCGAGAAGGCUAGGCGCGGCUGUCCUGAAUGAUGCUCGAGCGCCUGCCUGGCUCAAACAAUAUCUGCCGCCUUGUGUGCAGAAACUUGACUCUACAUGCGUGGGCGCUGGGUCCACCUCCACACCCAGGUGCUGUGCAUGAUGAGAGUGUUGAUCCGUCUGGUAAUGGUGAUGAAUUUGGGGAUUUCGUUGUUAGUCUCCCGAAGAAAGUAGAGGUACAUAUCAGGUCACCAAAACUACACGUGGACAUAUAUUGGGAACUUUUUCCUCCAGCACCUGUCUCCUGAGCUGAUCGGGGUUGUGAUACUUGCCCUUUCAGCCAAUGGGCUUCCAAUGGAGAUAGGGCAUGGACUACACGAGCACCCGGACAAGACGAAAAGGUAUCGGC